UAUAAUUGUUUGCGGGAGACGAUACGAAAGCAAACACUCCAGAGUCAGACCAUCAUUCAUUCUGGUUUCCCCCUUGUGAAACCUAUGAUGAUUGCUGUCGGAAGAAAGAAGUUCCAACUCCGAAGGCCAAAGAGCAAGAAGAAAAUUCCCGCCGCCGUUUCUUCCUCCGCGGCCACGGAGCCACCUCCUCCACCACCGUGGAUCGAACUGCCCCGAGAUGUCACCGCCAAUAUCCUUCAUAGGUUGGGAGCGAUAGAGAUCCUGGAGAGUGCACAGAAAGUAUGUACUACCUGGCGCAGAGUGUGCCAGGAUCCCACCAUGUGGCGCGUCAUUGACAUGAAAAACUUGGGUGACCUCCACGACAUGCCCUACGACCUCAGUAUCAUGUGUCGUCACGCGGUCGAUCGUUGCCAAGGCCAGCUAAUCGACAUUAACAUUGAGUAUUUCGGCACCGAUGAGUUGCUACGCUACAUUUCCCAGCGAUCAAAUAAUCUCAGACGUCUUCAACUUGCAUGUUGCUAUAGUAUCUCAGGCAAAGCUCUGCGAGAAGCGGUCAAAAAUUUUCCGCAGUUGGAAGAGUUGCACCUCUUUUUUAUGUCAGAAAUCAGUGCUGGAGAUAUUGAAAGUAUUGGCACUUCUUGCCCUAUGUUGAAGUCAUUCACGUUUAAUGAUCGUGGAUAUAAGUUUCCACUUAUUGAAUGUGAUAAUGAGUAUGCACUGGCAGUUGCCAAAAACAUGCCUAAUUUGUCCCACCUUCGACUCUUUGGUAAUAAGCUGAUGAAUGAGGGGCUGGAAGCAAUUCUCAAUGGUUGUCCGCACCUAGAGUCACUUGAUAUCCGCCAGUGCUUUAGUGUUAAUCUAGUAGGGGAUCUUGGCAAAAGAUGUUCUAAGCAGAUAAAGAAUUUGAGACGCCCUUGCGACUCCACUGAUGAUUAUGAGUGGGAUGCUGAAAUUUAUGAUUGUGAAUCAUUCGACGACAACUACUGGUCAUCCGGCUACUCUGAUAUUUACUUCGGAGAUUACGACGACUACACUAACACUAACCCUUUUGGCAGCGAAUACUUUUCUGAUAAUGAAGUGUGGUUCUUUGACCAUGACUAUUUCUGAGGUUGUGACAGAUGAACAACGAGAAGAUCCGUGGUGUUUGUUUAGGUAGCAGGAUGCUGGUGCUGGUGGCUUUGUGGAAGAUUCAAAUGGUUUUGGCAGCCUGUUGAAGCUUCAACUCUUGACAGGCCGGUUCUUUUGUCAUGUCCAUAGGUAGGGCGUUUUUGGGCUUUUGUGCAGUGACCCUUUCAAAUAUUUCUGUGUAUGGUUUUUGCCAAAUUUACCUCCAUCUAUAUACUUUGAGGCUCCUCUAGGGAUUCUGCAAUAUUUCUCAAAUCUAGUGAAUGCUUAUUACAUCUUUAGUGUAGGUACGUGGUAUGAUAAUGGUAAAGGGGUUUUCUUUGGUGAUCGCAUACAAGCUGUAUAGGAGAAUGGGCAAUGGGUUCCUCUCGCACUUUGCUUAUGGGUCCAGGUUACCAGCUCAUGAGCUGCUCCCAUUUCUCAAAUAUCGGCCCAUUUUAAGCGACUAGUGAAUUUUUUAUCCAUUGAAGAAAUUAAGACAGAGAGCCCAUAAGGAAGAAUACUGAAAUAUUAAAUUCAAUGCCCGAAGGCCCUGUUUGUUUAUUGCCCUAGGUUAUGCAUUAAAAUGUUUAGGGUCAAUCAUAUGAAGGCUAGGUGGAUGCUGUUCUUAGAGAAGAUGGGCAUGUGGGGAUAUUAAUCCAAUAUUUCGAGUUUUACAGCUUUGCAAAAUACAUUAUUUGCUUUGUCGUUUUUUUUUCCAAAUUAUGAAAGUGCAUUCGCAUUGCAUUA